CCUUACUCCUUUUUCAUGUCCGAUACACUUUAUUCUUUUCAGUUAUGCUUACUUGAGAAUAAUAUUGCUGGACGAAGGAAACGGUUGAGUGUUGAAAGAUGCUUUGACUGCUGUGAUGGAAACUUCUGCAAUUUUGGUCCAUGUCAGCGAGACUACUGUUCGAAAGUAUCCUGCCAACAAGGAGCUUCCUGUUCAAACACUGCACUAAAAGCCGUUUGUGAUUGUCCGGUAGGCUAUACUGGUGCUGUCUGCGAAAUAGAGAUAGAUGAGUGUGCGAGCAACCCGUGCCAGAAUGGAGCCACGUGUACUGAUUAUGUAGGAAAAUACACUUGUACGUGUUUGCCCGGUUUCACAGGAACCAACUGUGAAAUAGAUAUUGAUGAAUGUUCGUCUAUGCCGUGCAAUAAUGGUGCCACCUGUGUAGACCAGGUAAACGGCUUCAUGUGUAUGUGUGUUCCCGGGUAUACGGGGACAUUAUGUGAAACAGAUAUCAAUGAAUGUGCCGUAUCUCAGUGCCAGUACAACUCAACGUGUGUGGACCUUGUUAACGGAUUUAAGUGUCUCUGUCCUCCGGGAAUAACAGGAAAUGUCUGUGAAAUUAAUAUUGACGAGUGUGCCAAUGUCACGUGUCAGAAUGAAGCUGUUUGUAUUGACUACAUCAACAGAUUUGAAUGCAAAUGUCUUCUUGGAUUCGAUGGAACAUAUUGUGAAAACUCUCUCGGGCGUGUAUGCUACAGCUGUGAAGGUAUAGUUAACAAUGUAACCUCAUGUACCAACGAGACAUUGUGCAACCCCGGAGAGGAAUGUUACACUGAGCACGAGCUUGUUGCGUCUGGAGUGUUCAGCUACAACCUCGGCUGCGUACCUUCCAAAAUAUGUUCAUACCUGGAAAAUAAGCCUACUGAAUUCAGACGUCGAAACACACGUCCUGUACAACUGUGUUAUGAAUGUUGCGACACAAACGGAUGUAACCAUCACGCAUGCGCUGAUUACAACUAGAUUCAUGAUUAAAAAUAUUUCCGACA